CAAAAACUGGUUGCAGAGAGGACCCAACACAACACAACACAACACUAGUGGUGUUUUCCCUUCAUCGUCUUGCUCUUGAAGGUAUUGAGGUUGUUUGUUAUGUGUUUGCCAGAGGGAGAGAGAGACAGAGAGAGAGCCAUGGCACUGGAAGCAGUGGUGUUUCCACAAUCACAAGACCCAUUUGGUGGUUACGGGUCAGUGAAGGACUUCUACAACUGCACCUUCUUGGCUGCUACUUCACCUAACUGGGGGGACUAUGAACACAUCAACAUCAACAUCGACAAAGAAGAAGAACAAGGUUCCAUCUCUACUUUUCUAGAUAAUAAUAACAACAACCCUUAUGGAGGAGAUUGGACCAGCUCCUCCUCCUCUAUCUUACCCCACUUCAAUGAACUUCAAGAAACCACAGACCCCAGUAACACCACCUUAACCACUCGUCCCAAGAGGCGCAGAGCCAAAAGCAGAAAGAACAAGGAAGAAAUCGAGAACCAGAGAAUGACUCACAUUGCUGUGGAGCGCAAUAGAAGAAAGCAGAUGAAUGAGUAUCUUUCUGUUCUUCGCUCUCUCAUGCCAGACUCUUAUAUCCAAAGGGGUGAUCAAGCUUCUAUAAUUGGAGGUGCUAUCAACUUUGUGAAGGAGCUUGAGCAGAGGCUGCAUUUUCUUGGUGCUCAGAAAGAAGGAGAGGCGAAAUCUGAUGCUGGUGGUGCAACGAACAUGCCCUUUUCUGAGUUCUUCGCCUUUCCGCAGUAUUCAACAAGUGGGGGUGGUGGUGGCUCUGAGAAUUCUGCAACCGUAGGUGAAGACGUGGGUGAAGUUAAGUCUGGCAUUGCUGACAUAGAAGUGACCAUGGUGGAAAGCCAUGCAAAUCUCAAAAUAAGAUCCAAGAAACGACCCAAGCAACUCUUGAAGUUGGUCUCUGGUUUGCAUACUAUGCGCCUCACAAUCUUGCACCUAAACGUUACCACCACUGGUGAAGUUGUGCUCUACUCUCUAAGUGUUAAGGUAGAAGAUGAUUGCAAGUUGGGAUCCGUUGAUGAUAUUGCUGAAGCCGUGUACCAGACGCUGGAGAGGAUUGAGCAAGAGGCAGUGUUGAAUUAAGAUGAAACCAUGACCACCAAAUUUGGGUUGCUCCACUUGGUUUUUAACCUUACUUCAUGGUGGAUGAUUAUCUCUUGCUAUUUUUCUCUUUGAAGAUGUACCUAAUUAUUGCAACUUCUAUUCACUUCACCCUUUUUUAAUCUACUGAUGUGGACUCCUUGGAGGAAGUUUUUUGGUUUAUUCCUUCUUGUGUAUGUCUUUGUAGCUCACGAACUUACUUUUGAUCUCUCUCUCUCUUUCUCUUUCUCUUUCUCUUUCUUCUCUUUUUCUCUGAGGUAGGGGUGGAGGAGGCUCUGUGGUAUAUUGUUCUUGAGACAUAUUCUAGUGCUUGGUCAAUUUUGCCCACUUUCCUUUGAAAUUGGUGGGUCUUGUCUACCUCAACUAUAAGCCAAAGCCAAAGUGUCAAGCUGAAAUUGGGAGCAUCUCGAAAUAAAAUUGAAUGAAAAUGAGAGCCAAAGAUAUUUGGCAAUUGUCACAUA